CCAGCCUGCGCCCUGGCCGGCGGCAGAGCGCUGGGUGCGGGGCCGUGGUCAGAGCUGUGGGGCUGCUCGCUGCCCCGCUGCUCCCUCUCCUGCUGAGGGAGAGGGGGCCGAGGUAGGGUGAGGGUGAGCGGCCUCGGGGGGUUUGGCAUCUGCCUCCUGCCCCUGGAGGGGUGCGAAGCUGGGAAGCUGUUGGCCCGGAGGCGUUUGGGCAGGUGUUUCAAUGUCGUUCCCGGCUCUCCGAAUCCUAAAUGACGCACUUUGGCCGCAAGAAAGCACGCUCUGGUGCAGGGGAUGGGAAAAGGGGCGUCUGUGCCCCAGGUGCAGCUUCCUCCGUGGAGGGGGACGCUGCCUGAUGUUCAUCACCCCCAGUUCCCCACCCCCAGCCCCGGCUGUAUUCGAAACAGUCAGCUUGUGACUGAUGCUUCUGAGUUCAAGUCAUUCUGCUGACUUCUACCAGACUGGCUGGUUGGUUGAAAACACAGCGUACACGCAUACAACUAAGCUGAAGGUGAUCCUUAAGAUAGAUAGAGAAGUCUCUGUACCAUGGAGAGCCUCUGUGCAGCAAAUACCACUUUUGCACUUGACCUCUUAAGAAAGCUGUGUGAGAACAAAAGCAGGAAAAAUGUAUUCUUUUCUCCUUUUAGUAUUUCUUCUGCUCUGUCUAUGAUUUUGUUGGGUUCAAAAGGUACCACUGAAGCCCAGAUAGCAAAGGUACUUUCUCUGAACAAAGCUGAGGAUGUUCACAAUGAGUAUGCAUCUCUUCUCUCUAAAAUCAAUGAUCCAAACAGCAAGUACAUACUGAGAACUGCUAACCGACUUUAUGGAGAAAAGACACUUGAGUUUCUCUCAUCAUUUAUAGAGUCAAGUCAGAAAGCCUAUCAUGCUGGACUAGAACAGACUGACUUCAUCCAUGCUUCAGAGGAUUCCAGAAAACAAAUAAAUGGCUGGGUAGAGGAAAGAACUGAAGGUAAAAUCCAGAAUCUGUUGGUGGAGGGGAUUAUUGAUCCUCUGACCAGACUUGUGUUGGUGAAUGCCAUCUAUUUCAAAGGCAACUGGGAAAAUCAGUUUGACAAAGAGAGAACAGAAGAAAUGGCAUUUCAUAUUAACAAGAAAGAGACGAAACCUGUGCAGAUGAUGUUCAAGAAGGAUAAAUUUAACAUGACCUAUAUUGGGGACUUCAAGACCAAAAUCCUUGAGAUCCCUUAUGUUGGAAAUGAACUCAGCAUGAUCAUCUUGCUUCCUGAUGCAAUUGAGGAUGAAUCCACUGGCUUGGAAAGUCUGGAAAGAGAACUUACGUAUGAGAAGCUGAUAGACUGGAUCAAUCCUGAAAUGAUGGACUGUACAGAGGUGAGGGUGUCUUUACCCAGAUUUAAACUGGAAGAAGAUUAUGAUCUGAAACCCCUUCUGAGCAGCAUGGGAAUGCCUGAUGCAUUUGACUUAGGGAAGGCAGACUUCUCAGGAAUGUCAGCUGGCAGUGAGCUGCUGCUCUCUCAGGUAGUUCACAAGUCCUUUGUGGAAGUCAAUGAAGAAGGCACGGAAGCAGCUGCUGCCACAGCCGCAGUGAUGAUGUUGCGCUGUGCAAUGAUCACUCCAGAAUUCACUGCUGAUCAUCCCUUCCUCUUCUUCAUCCGGCACAACAAAACUUCCAGCAUUUUGUUUUGUGGCAGAUUUUCGCAGCCUCGAGGCUCUUCUCCGCCGGGUAAACCCAGCCCUUCGCCGGGAGAUCCAGGCCACGCCCGGGGUGCCGGUGCAGGCUCCCAGCCCUGGUCCCGCCCCAGCCCGGCGGCUCCUCGGUACCGCUCCGCGCCGGCCCGGGCAGCCAUAACCAUGGAGAACCUGUGUAAUGCCAACAGCCGAUUUGCACUUGAUCUGCUUGGGAGAUUUAGUGAGGCCAACCCAGCAGGAAAUGUUUUCUUCUCUCCUGUCAGUGUUUCUGCUGCUCUGGCCAUGGUCCUUUUAGGGGCCAAGGGUGAUACAGAGGCCCAGGUGCUGAAGACACUUCACUUUGAUGAAGUUGAAGAUACUCACUCAAGGUUUCAGGCUCUGACCACGGACAUAAACAGAAGCAAUGCUCCCUAUCUCUUACGGCUGGCAAAUCGGCUUUUUGCAGAGAAGUCCUACAGCUUUUUGCCGGAUUUCCUGACUAAUACUCAGAAAUUAUAUGGAGCGGAUUUGGCUACAGUUGAUUUUCUUCAGGCUUGUGAUGAAGCCAGGAAAGAAAUUAACCAGUGGGUAGAGGAGAAAACAGAAGGCAAAAUCCCUAAUCUGCUGUCUGAAGGCUCAGUUGACAGCAUGACCAGGCUCGUGCUGGUGAACGCUAUUUAUUUCAAAGGGAACUGGGCAGAGAAAUUCCAAGAAGCCAACACUACUGACAUGCCAUUUCGGUUAAAUAAGAAUGAAAGGAAGACAGUAAAAAUGAUGUACCAGAAAAAGAAAUUUCCUUUUGGGUAUUUCCCUGACGAGAAGCUCCGUGUUCUAGAGCUGCCUUAUGAUGGAAAAGAACUUAGUAUGAUCAUCCUGUUACCUGAUGACAUUGAAGAUGACUCCACUGGACUGCAGAAGCUGGAGAAGCAGCUUACCUUAGAGAAGCUCCAGGAAUGGACACGUCCAGAGAACCUAUAUUCUACUGAUGUUCAUGUGCAUUUGCCAAAGUUUAAGCUUGAAGAAAGCUAUGACCUUAAAUCAGACUUAGCUGCUAUGGGCUUGUUGGAUGUAUUUGACAGUGGCAAGGCUGACUUGUCUGGAAUGUCAGGGGCACGAGACCUCUUCCUCUCUAAAGUUGUCCACAAAGCUUUUGUAGAAGUGAAUGAGGAAGGCACAGAAGCUGCAGCUGCCACUGCUGGCAUUGCUAUGCUCUGCAUGGUUAUUGAAGAGCAUUUCAAAGCUGACCAUCCUUUCCUUUUCUUUAUUCGCCACAACCCAACUGGGAGCAUACUAUUCCUUGGCAGAUAUGCUUCUCCAUAAAAGAGAACUUGGGAAUUACGGCCCAGAUCUUGAUGUAGUUAAAAACUUUGCUCCCAGAUUAGUUGGAUUUUGAUGUAGAAAGUUAAUGCUUCUGUCUUGAAUUCCUAGCAACUUUGACUGAGAUUCCACCUUUCCCAGUAAAAUGGCCACAAAGAAACUGAGGAGUAAUAUAUUUUUCUUUCUUGAGAUUGACAUAAUCUUUAAUAACUAGAAAAAUCUGAACUGUAGGCAGAAAAAAUGUUUUGAAAUUGGACUAGAAAUAGAAAUACUCUUUGAAGAAGCUUAUCCUUUUAAAGCACAGGAUCACCACAUAUGCAUCCUUGCAUGGCUUUCUCUGUAUUGACAGCGCUCUGUUGUGGUAAUUUAUAAUAAGCCAGUCAUUCCUUAUGCAUGUAUAUUAGGAUGUUUCUGCAAAGCUAUUCCGCCCCUUAAAUCUUGCUUCUCAAAGAUAUCUUAAUAAAAUGCUUCAAGGCAACAAAAGGCAUGCUCCUGAACAGCUGAGUUUACACAGUUCUGAUGUGAAAUAGAAGGUCAGAUAACAUUUGUUUAGAAACAUCUAUUAAUAGAGAAAGGAUUAAGCUACUUCAAAAAAGUAACCCCUUCCAGUAAUCAGGCAGAAAAUUUGCAAUACAGCUUUUGAAUGAGGAGGAGAAGAAAUUAAUAAUGAUUGUAGGUGAUAUGCUUAGAGAGUAUUUUUAAAAUGUAGAGUCUGGUCCAUUUUAGAUAUUGAAAAUGUGUCAGGACUUAGGGGUUUUAGGUGCUUUCAGUAUGAUCCUAGAUUGUGGCCAGAGCCUAUGGGAUCCUCCAAAAAUAUGACAGCUUCCCAGAGAAUGACUGUAUAUCCUGCAAUAAAUCUGAUGUCUCUUCACUUGCAAGGAUUCAACAUUUUCUGAGCUGACUUCCACUACCUCUUUAUACACAAACUUUUUGUCCUGUACAACAGCCUUAUGCCUGCGAGCCACUGUAAUUACAUACUAUUAGUCUUCUGUGUUUAUUUCUGGAGCUUAUUUCCUUGUAUCAUGUAGAUCUUGGGUACUGUAACAUUUUACAACCUGAGUUCUAAGUGGGGCACAAUAGUUUCUGUAAUUGCCAGCUGUAUGUUAACUUCAAGCAACAAAUAAAAGUAUUUUCUUAAAA